ACAAACACUGACAGCCUCUGCGUGCCAAAACAAAGUAAAACCGCAGAAGACAUGAUGGCAUCAGUAUAUAAUGAUAAUACACCUGAUGUGAGGAUUGUGCUGCUGGGGGUCUGUGGAGCUGGAAAGAGUUCAAUGGGAAACGCAAUACUGGGCGAAGAGCUGUUUAAAGAGAGCAGAACGAGAGAGAGCGAGAUACAGAGAGGAAGAGUAGAAGACAGAAACAUCUCCAUCAUCGACACUCCAGGAUUCUUCAACACUCACCUGACUGCUGAAGAGCUGCAGAAUCAGAUGAUGAAGAGUCUGGAUCUCUGUUCUCCUGGACCUCAUGUGUUUCUGCUCAUCAUCAACCUGGAGGACUUCACAAAUGACCAGAAGAACGUUGUGCAGAAAGUCCUGAAAAGCUUCGGAGCUCACGUCUUAAAGUUCACAAUGGUGCUGUUUACUAGGAGAGAGAAAAUGUCAAAGAAAGAAUGGAUGCUCUUUAUGCUGAGUGCAGAAUUUCAGGAGCUAGUCGGUCACUUCAGAGGACAAUAUCACGCCAUCAACAGUACAAAUCAGAUUAAUCAAAGUCACAUCACAGAACUUCUCAAGGAAAUCGAUGAUAUGAUCAAACAGAAUGACGGCCAGCAUUACAGCGAGAUUUAUUCAACGCCUCGAACGAAGAGUAAAAAUGCAAAGAAAAAUCUAAAUGGAAAAGAAAACCGAAGUGAGCAAGAGAAAGAGAUUAUACAGGAACAAAUAAAAAUAGUGUGGGACACAUUUGAAAUGGAGAGUGUAACAAAAAGUCCGACCGCAAACGCAUUCACUGUACAGAAAAAGGAAAGAAUAGUUAUUCAUAUGAGCGAAACUACAGGACCUCGUGUGUAUGAAGAAUGGGUUCAAGAUGAAGACCAGACGGAUGCCAAAACGAUUGUUGUAGAACAAUCCACAGAAUUACAGAGACACCCGUUUGAAAGACGGGAAGAAAAAAAUACAAUCCAGAUGCCAAAAAGUAGCGGCAAAAUGAGCGACAAGGGUAAAUUAGGACAGAAAAAGACCAAAGGAGAUCUCAGGAUCGUGAUGAUGGGUAAAACUGGAGUUGGAAAGAGCGCUACAGGAAACACUAUCCUGGGAGAAAAAAUGUUUAAAGAAGAAUUAUCUGCUGAAUCUGUGAGUGAGAAAUGCCAGAAACAAGAGAAGGCCGUCAACGGACGAACCAUCUCCGUCAUCGACACUCCAGGACUGUGUGAUACAUCAAUCAGCAAUGACGAAUUGAAGAAGGAAUUGGUGAAGUGUGUAGAGAUGUCUGUUCCUGGUCCUCAUGCCUUUCUGUUGGUCCUCAGGGUGGACGUGAGAUUCACAGACGAAGAGAAAAAAACAGUGAAAUGGAUCCAGGAGAACUUUGGAGAAAAAGCGACACACUACACCAUCAUUCUGUUCACUAGAGGAGAUCAGUUAAAAAACAUAACCAUAGAGGAGUUUCUGACUAAAAACAAGAGUAUUAAAGAGUUAGUCGACCAGUGUAAAGGUGGCUAUCAUGUUUUCGAUAACACAGAUCAAGCCAAUCGAGCACAGGUCACUGAACUUAUAGAGAAGAUAGACUCAGUGGUGGAGAAUAAUGGAGGAGAGCAUUACACUAAUGAGAUGUACAAAGAGACUCAGAGAAAGAAAAUAUUGACGAAGGUAAAACAUGCAGCAUUAGUGGGAGCCUCUGUUACAGGUGCUGUAGGUGCUGCAGUAGGAGGUGUGGCUUUAGUUGCCGCUACUGGUGGAUUGGCUUUACCACUACUUUUAAUAGCAGGAGGAACAGCUGUAGCAGGAGGAACAAGUGGAAAACUCAUUGCUGAUAAGGUGAAAGACGUAAAAGAGAAAAAAAAAUCAUCAAACCAACAGAAGAAACUACAGGUUUAUUUUAUUAAUAACAUGCAGAUGUAUUAUAUCUUGAUCACCACUACAAUCUUUAAUGAGAAGUGCAAUGAUUUUAUUUUUAAUCUGUUCUCUUCAUCAGAUGUGAGGAUUGUCCUGGUGGGUAAAACAGGGUCAGGAAAAAGUUCAUCAGGAAACACCAUCCUGGGCAGAGAUGGGUUUAGGACGGGAACCUCCUCUAACUCUGUAACACGAUGCUGUGAGAAACACGUGGCAGACGUGGAGGGUAAAAACAUCUCAAUCAUCGACACUCUAGGAUUAUAUGACACAUCAAUGAGUGAAGAAGAACUAAGGAAAGAGAUUGUGAGAUGUGUCUGCAUGUCUGUUCCUGGUCCUCAUGUGUCUCUGCUGAUCAUCAGACUGGGGAGAUUCACAGAUGAAGAGAAAAACACUGUGAAAUGGAUUCAGGAGAACUUUGGAGAAGAAGCUGAUCGAUACACCAUCAUUCUGUUCACUCAUGCUGAUGCACUGGAGGGAAAACCUGUAGAGGAGUAUAUCAGAGAAAAUAAUGAUCUCCAGGCUCUUGUUAAUCAGUGUGGAGGCAGAUUUCACUCAUUCAACAAUAAAUACAAGAGUACUCAAUCGCAAGUCUCUGAACUGAUGGAGAAGAUUGAAGAGAUGGUGGAGGAGAAUGGAGGACAGCACUACACUCAUGAGAUGUAUAGAAAGGCUCAGGAGAAGAUUGAAAAUGAGAUUUUUUAUAAAAAAAUGAAAGAGAUUAUUCUGGUGGGUAAAACUGGGUCAGGAAAAAGUUCAUCCGGAAACACUAUACUGGGAUUGGGUGACUUUCAGUUUAAGACAAAAAUGUCCUCUAAGUCAAUUACUAGAAGCUGUGAAAGACAUGUUGCAGAAGUGGAGGGUCAAAUCAUCUCAGUCAUCGACACUCCAGGAAUAUGUGAUACAUCAAUGAGUGAAGAAGAACUGAAGAAAGAGAUGGAGAGAUGUGUCUACAUGUCUGUUCCUGGUCCUCAUGUGUUUCUGCUGGUCAUCAGACUGGGGAGAUUCACAGAAGAAGAGAAAAACACUGUGAAAUGGAUUCAGGAGAACUUUGGAGAAGAAGCUGCUCGUUACACCAUCAUUCUGUUCACUCAUGCUGAUCAACUGAAGGGAGAACCUUUAGAUGAGUAUAUCAGUGAAAGUAAUGAUCUCAAGGCUCUUGUUAAUCAGUGUGGAGGCAGAUUUCACUCAUUCAACAAUGAAGACAUGAUUAAUCGCUCACAGGUCACUGAACUGAUGGAGAAGAUUGAGAAGAUGGUGAAGGAGAAUGGAGGACAGCAUUAUACUAAUGAGAUGUAUAAAAAGGCUCAGAAAAAGAUUGAAAGUGAGGCUUUUAAACAAAAAAUGUUCGACUAUGGAAAAAAAGCAUUACUAGUAACAGGAGCAGUGGCAGCAGGAGCAGUGGCAGUAACAGGAGCAGUAGCAGGAGCAGUAGCAGUGGCAGCAACAGGAGUAGGAGGAGCAGCAGCAGCAGGAGCAAGAGUUGCAAAAGGAGCAUUUACAUUUACAGCAGCAAGGUUGCUACAGCUUAACUGAUUGAACAACAGUGACAGGAUGAGGUGUGCUAGAUUGGAGUUUAAGUUUUUUUUCGCUUAAAACUGACAUUUUCACACAUUAAAAGCUUCAGUGACAACAUAGUCAUGCAAAUAAAUAAGUGAACAAAACUUUAAAUAUAUCACUUUCACAUUCAUUUUGGUGUCGGACCAUCACCAAAAAUUAUUCUACUUUCACAGCCAUAUAAACUAAUGGCAAUAAAAAUUAUUGUAUUUUAAUCAGUCUCUAUGUGAACAUACAGUAGAUAAGCUUUUCCAGAACACAUUCAGCAGUCAAUUGAAAAGUGCUUUAAAAUAGGAGAGAGCACAUACAGGUUUGUGCUUUCAUUGUGUCUGCUUUAAAAUCAGUGUAAACGAUGUACGCAAGAAAAUAUGAAAUUUCAAUUGCUUAAUAUUAAAUUGUCAAAUGUUUAAUAGUAACGUAAGGGUAUAUAACAGCAACAUUUGUCACAAUAAGUUUCUUUUUCAACUAAAAACUGAGUUGGAUUUCAGACAAAGUCAAAUAAUACACAAUACAUACAAUAUUAAUUGUAAUAAAUUUAAGAUCAAAUGUACUGGAUCAUUAACAGAGGUCAUACCAACAAUAUGUGGGAGAGUUAUUUUUUUUCCCUAGUGAUUACCAUUAAUUAUAAUGUAUGUCGCUUGUGAGAAGGAACAUCUUCUGUACAUUGUCAAUAAAGGCUUUAGCAUGA